AUGGUAGAAGUCGGGCUCCAGAUGCAGCAUGCAGUGUACAAUGAGGAGCCACUACCUAUCGAUAAGAGUAAAUUCUUUAAGCUGAGCAAUGAAGGUGCAAACGAUGCAGAAGACAGUGAACUUGCUGAUGAUGGUGAACCUGUCGAUGAUGGAUUUAUUAAUAACAAUGAACCUAUUACUAUCAGUGAUGAACCUAUUACUACCAAUGAACUUGCCAGUGGUGAUGGACCUACCAAUAGUAAAGCAAAAAGACGUUUGAGUAUGACACCCACCCUAGAGAUCCUUUUUUCUAACAUCCAUUGCAUAUUAGAUCUGGAAGAUGUUCAAAA